CACGCACCCCAAUUCGUCGUACGGUUACACCUUGACGCAUCGGUAAGGUACUGUGCAUCUUUACGGAGCUCUCGCUGUUUCGCUCCGCACCGAGCGUCGAGCUCGGACAUCACUAACCCUCGACCCGAGCUGCUUCAGCACAUCCGCAGGAUCGCAAGGACUGCAGAGCGGAGUCUACACGACCAUGUCGAUCGACAUGUCGACAUGUCGGCGUCGUCAUUCCUGGCCCGAGAUCGCCACCUCCUCGUCCUCAACUCCGGGGCCUUGAGGUCCUCCGGCAUGGCCAUGCUCAGACGCAGCUGUCCGAAGCUUGGCGGGUUGGCGCCGGUAAGCUGUGGCUAUCGCUGCUUCUCGGUGUCGGCCGCCCGCAGGCAAAUCCUCGACGUCGCGACGCUCCCCGCCCGCACUGUCCCGCACUACCAGCAGUCGAAGACGUCGUCGCUGCUCUCGCUGCACUGGCCGCAGCCGCCUCGCAACAUCCUGCUCAUGCCCAAGCUGCACGCGCCCAAGGUCACAAUCGCCGCCGUCGAGUUUGCCAAGUACAUCUACAACAACUACCCCAACCUCAACCUCGUCUUCGAAAGCCACAUCGCCAAGGACGUCCACGAGAGUCUCCCGUUCCCGAUUUACUCGACAAGUCCGAGCGAAGCUCCCACUCUCCUCGCUAAGAAGGUCGAUCUCGUCACGACUAUGGGCGGCGAUGGGACGAUCCUGCGCGCCGCGAAUCUCUUCUCGACGCACAACAGCGUGCCGCCGAUUCUGUCCUUCAGCAUGGGCACCCUCGGCUUCCUUGGCGAGUGGAAGUUUGACCAAUACAAGCGCGCGUGGAGGGAGUGCUACAUGAGCGGUUGUCCCGUGGCAGUAGAGGACCUGGUCCAACCGCACACCCGCGGAGCUGUAGCCGGCCAGCAGCAGUGGGAAGAUAAGCCAGAUUUCAAGCCGCUGGCGGGCGGCUGGGACAGCGUCCGCGGCAACGGGCAGUGCCUGGGGGACAGCCGCACCUCCAAGGUGCUCCUCCGCAACCGCCUCCGCGUGGGCAUCUACGACAGCGAAGGCCGCAACAUCAACGGCCAGCUCAUCCCGACCUCCACCGCCGAACCCGACCUUGGGCCCUCCCCCACCAACAGCAGCAGCAGCAGCAGCAGCAACAACAACAACUACAACAACAGCAAGAACCUAGCUCCCGGCUCGUCACUCAACCCGCCCUUUCUCCACGCGAUCAACGAGGUCUCCAUCGACCGGGGCUCCCACCCGCACCUAGCCAUCAUCGAGAUCUGGGUCAACUCGCGGCUGCUGACCGAGGCGGUGGCCGACGGGAUCCUGAUCAGCACGCCGACGGGCUCGACCGCCUACUCGCUCAGCGCGGGCGGCUCCAUCGUGCACCCGCUCGUCAAGUCGCUGCUCAUCACGCCCAUCAGCCCGCGCAGCCUCAGCUUCCGGCCGCUGGUCCUGCCGCUGCAGUCCAGGGUCGUGCUGAAGCUGAGCCCGCGCAACCGGGGCCGGGAGCUGCCCGUGAGCAUCGACGGCAAGCGGCGCGCCGCCGUGACCAUCGGCAUGGAGGUCCGCGUCGAGGGCGAGAGGCUGGAGAAGGGCGCCGACGGGUGGCGCGGCGGCGUGCCCUGCGUGAUUCGGGCGUCGUCGGGGGACGGUGAUGACGAUGACUCGUGGGUUGGCGGGUUGAACGGUUUGUUGAAGUUCAACUUUCCGUUUGGGGAGCCGUCGGACGAGCAGUGACGGCGUAGGGUGGGGAGAGUGUAAUAUACAUAGCACGCAAGGGGAGGCUGGCGUCAAUUCGGAAUAGUCCAUGGUCGGCACGGAGAACUUGAUACCCUGCAGAUAUGCAAUUGGAUAUAAAC